AUGGUUUUCUAUAGACCAGCCACAUUCAACUCCAUCAAGUCAAGCUUUUCCAAGGUAUUCCAGCGCAACAUGCAUGUCGAAGUGAUUCCUCAGUCCUGGGGUAAGGGCAACAACUAUGCUUAUCUUUUGGUGGAUGAGCCCUCGAAACAUGCCUGGUUGAUUGAUCCUUCGUUUCCCGAGGACGUGAAUGCUUACAUUGCUGAAAAGCGUCCGAACUUCGAGUUGAAGGCCAUUAAGUACCCAGACUUGCCAAUUAUCGCCGGGAAGGACUCGGAAUUGGUCACUUACACACCUUCCCACCAGGAGGUGAUUGACUUGGGCGAUCAAUUGUCCAUCACGGCGUUGCACACGCCGUGCCACACCCAGGACUCUAUUUGUUACUAUGUCAAGGACUCGAAAACGGGCCAGAAGGGCGUGUUUACUGGCGAUACGUUGUUUAUUUCCGGCUGUGGUCGUUUCUUCGAAGGCACUCCAGCUCAGAUGAACACUGCCCUUAACGAAAUCUUGGGUAAGUUGCCUAAAGAGACUGUCACGUACCCUGGCCACGAAUACACCAAGGGUAACCUCAACUUUAGCAAGACCGUUUUGCAAAACGAAGGCAUCACCAAGCUCGAGAACUUCCUCAAGCUGCAUAGCGUCACUGCCGGCCAGUUCACUAUAGGCGACGAGCUUGCGUUCAACCCGUUCAUGCGUCUUCGGGACCCACAAGUGUUGAAGGCAACCGCCAUUUCAGGCGACGUGGACGUGAUGGAGAAGUUGCGUGAAAUGAAAAACAAUGCUUGA